CAGCCUUCAACGAAAAGCAAACAAACAAAAUAUUCUUCUGUCUCCGGUUUUUGUCUGACAUCCAUCUGAAUGUAGCUGGAAGCUUCCCGGUUCCGCUCCUGACAACCCUGGACGGAUUCGUGUCGACUGCCCAGAGUCCGCGAAUUCAAGUCCGCUGUCUCCCGUUAUCAGCAAAUCUAUCGUUUCCGAAUCCUAAUAAUAACAAGAGGACGAGCCAGAAGCUCCGGUAAAACCACGCCGGUGACCAGUGAGACUGACCACCCAACUCCCAUCAACAUGUCACUGCACCAGUUUUUGCUUGAGCCCAUCACCUGUCACGCCUGGAACCGGGACAGAACCCAGAUCGCCAUCAGUCCCAACAACCAUGAGGUUCACAUCUAUCAGAAGAGCGGUAACCAGUGGGUGAAGAGUCAUGAGCUGAAGGAGCACAAUGGACACAUCACAGGUAUCGACUGGGCUCCUAAGUCCGACCGUAUCGUGACGUGUGGGGCGGAUCGUAACGCCUACGUCUGGUCUCUGAAGGACGGCGUCUGGAAGCCCACCCUGGUCAUCCUGAGGAUCAACAGAGCUGCGACCUUCGUCAAGUGGUCUCCUCUGGAGAACAAGUUCGCUGUGGGCAGCGGAGCCAGACUCAUAUCAGUCUGUUACUUCGAGUCUGAUAAUGACUGGUGGGUGAGUAAGCACAUCAAGAAGCCGAUCCGUUCCACCGUCCUCAGUCUGGACUGGCAUCCUAACAACGUGCUGCUGGCGGCUGGAUCCUGUGACUUCAAAUGCAGGGUGUUCUCUGCCUACAUCAAGGAGGUGGAGGAGAAGCCCGGCCCCACCCCCUGGGGGUCCAAGAUGCCGUUUGGAGCGGUGCUGGCUGAGUUUGGGGGUGCCGGGGGAGGAGGAUGGGUCCACUCUGUGUCCUUCUCCUCCUCUGGUAACAGACUGGCCUGGGUCUCACACGACUCCACUGUUACUGUGGUGGACGGGACCAAGGGAUCCACUCCGUCUCAGUUGAAGACUGAGUUCCUCCCUCUGCUCAGUGUUCUCUUCAUCUCUGAGAACAGCGUGGUGGCAGCGGGUCAUGACUGUUGUCCCAUGCUGUUCCGUUGUGAUGACGGAGGGUCCCUGACGUUUGUCUCUAAGCUGGACCUUCCCAAAGCCUCCAUCACUAGAAACAUCUCCGCUAUGGAGCGUUUCAGAAACAUGGACAAGAGAGCGACCACAGAGGACCGUAACACAGCCCUGGAGACACUGCACCAGAACUCCAUCACUCAGGUCUCUAUCUAUGAGGGAGACCAGAGGUACUGUCUGACCCUGUUAUAUUGUCUCUCCAGUCAGGUCUCUAUCUAUGAGGGAGACCAGAGGGACUGUCUGACCCUGUUCUAUUGUCUCUCCUCCAGUCAGGUCUCUAUCUAUGAGGGAGACCAGAGGGACUGUCUGACCCUGUUCUAUUGUCUCUCCAGUCAGGUCUCUAUCUAUGAGGGAGAUUUGAGGGACUGUCUGACCCUGUUAUAUUGUCUCUCCUCCAGUCAGGUCUCUAUGAGGGAGACCAGAGGGACUGUCUGACCCUGUUCUAUUGUCUCUCCAGUCAGGUCUCUAUCUAUGAGGGAGACCAGAGGGACUGUCUGACCCUGUUCUAUUGUCUCUCCAGUCAGGUCUCUAUCUAUGAGG